CCAGCAAGCCGCAAAGUGGCCUAAACUACAACUCCCAUGAUGCACCCGAGGAGCCGCUGUCCAGCCCUGGAGACGGGAAUGUGGCUGGAAGAAGCCGUGACGUGGGCCGGUGGGUGCGGCCACGGGCAGAGUGUCCUCCGCUUCCAGCAUGCUGUAUGGCCGCCGUCCCCUCCUGCUGUUUGUAGGCGGAGACCCCCGAGUCUCUGGGAGGAGCGGCCGCUGCACAGCCAGACUGUGAACCGGAGAAAGAGGGGAAACAAAGAGCGAGCACCCCGGGGAGUGGAGCGCCGGGGAGCGCUGUGCGGGCUCGGACAUAGGGAUACAGCUAUAGAGAGUCAGCGCCGGCGGCAGCAACAAACAGGAGGACGAGAAGAGCAGCGAUUGCUGUUGACAUGUAUUGUGUCCUUCUUGUAGAGAAAGAAUGCACAGUUAUAUGAAAUCCAGAUGCAGUGAUGAGAGUACUUGACUUUGUGAACCAUCUGCAAAGUAUUACUCGAGGAUGUAAGCAGAACUAUGAGCAGGGAGCGUCUAAUGCCAUCAUAGUAAAAUGGGGGAAGACGCAUGGAGAAUUGUAAGAGUCUCCUAUCUGCGUAGUGACAUUUACUGGAACCAUUGAAUUCACCCUGCAUUCCACUGGCCUUUCUUGUUUGGGAUAUGUCACUACUGGAAUUCAGCUCUAUCUUGUGCCCCGAGGUUUAUUCUGCUAAAGUAACACGGCUUGGUGUGAGAGCUCGAAUUCCCAACCAAUAGCUACAAUGGCUCAGACGAGUUUGCUGCAGGGGAAACCUUUCUACUGCAGGGAAUGGAUCUUCCACAAGCUCCAGCACUGUCUACAAGAGAAGACAAACUGCACUUCAAGCACAGCAAACAAACUGUCACUGGUGGCAAACUCUGGCAGCAAUGGAGGCAGCACUGGCAAGGGCACAGCCUGGGGAUUACUCUUUGUCGGGGGUCCAGGCAGUGGGAAAACAGCUCUAUGUACGGAAUUGCUAUGGCCGAGCUCGCCUGCAGGUUUACAACGGGGCUUGCACCGCCAGGUCUUGGCCUUUCACUUUUGCAAGGCGCAAGACUCUGACACCCUCUGUGUGGGAAACUUCAUAAGGGCGCUGGUAGAACAGAUCUGUCAAGGCGGGCACAUGCCAGGAUUCGAGGAUAAACUCAAUGACCCUACUGUUCAGAAACUCUUACAGCCUGGAGAAUGUGAACGAAAUCCAUCAGAGGCCUUCAAGAGGUGCGUUCUUCUUCCUCUUCUGGCCUUAAAUGCUCCCCCUCAAAGUCUUCUUCUGGUGGUCGAUUCAGUUGAUGAGGGAUGCAAUGUUACAGAAGGAGAACACCGACCAUCUGGUUUAUCUGGAACAAUAGCUGAUCUUUUAGCAACACAUCAUGAGUUCUUUCCACCAUGGCUGCUACUUAUAUGUUCAGCCCGCAAGCAGAGCAGAACAGUCACUAAAAUGUUUACAGGUUUUCGAAAAAUAAGUCUGGAUGAUCUCCGAAAAGCCUAUAUAGUAAAAGACGUACAGCAAUAUAUUCUGCAUCGUUUAGACCAGGAAGAAGCUUUAAGGCAACAUUUAACUAAGGAGACUGCGGAAAUGUUAAAUCAACUACACAUAAAAAGCAGCGGGUGCUUUCUUUACCUGGAACGUGUACUAGAUGGCGUUGUAGAGAAUUUUAUUAUGCUUCGUGAGAUUCGAGAUAUCCCCGGAACCUUAAAUGGUUUAUACCUCUGGCUAUGUCAGCGCUUAUUUGUAAGAAAACAAUUUGCAAAGGUCCAACCCAUUUUAAAUGUGAUUCUGGCUGCCUGCAGGCCUUUGACCACCACUGAACUUUUCCAUGCAGUUUGGACCAAAAAUAUGUCGUUGACCAUGGAAGACUUUCAACGGAAAUUGGAUGUUCUCUCUAAAGUCCUUGUAGAUGGAUUAGGAAACACUAAAAUCCUGUUCCAUUACAGUUUUGCAGAGUGGUUGCUUGAUGUAAAGCACUGCACUCAGAAAUACUUAUGUAAUGCAGCUGAGGGACAUCGUAUGCUUGCAAUGAGUUAUACAUGUCGUGCAAAAGAACUAACACCUGUAGAGGUUCAAGAGUUUGGAUUACAUCUCAUACACUCAAACUUGCAGUUAACAAACUCUGAAUUGGCAUUAUGGAUGAUCUGGAAUGGAACAUGUGUCAAAGACUCCUUGUGUACUGUAAUACCAAAGGAACAAGAGGUGCUACAGUUAUUGGUCAAGGCGGGUGCACAUGUUGACAGUGACGAUGACAGAACUUGUUGCAUUGUUAGACAGGCCUUAGAAAGAGAAGAUUCUAUCCGCACUCUUCUAGAUAAUGGAGCAUCUGUUAACCAGUGUGACUCAAAUGGAAGAACUUUAUUGGCCAAUGCUGCUUAUAGUGGUAAUCUUGAUGUUGUCAAUUUACUUGUUUCAAGGGGAUCUGAUCUUGAAAUAGAAGAUGCCAAUGGACAAACAGCACUUACUUUAGCUGCCCGCCAAGGACAUGUAAAGGUUGUAAAUUGUUUGAUUGGAUGUGGUGCAAAUAUAAACCAUUGUGACCAUGAUGGAUGGACGGCUCUAAGAUCUGCUGCAUGGGGUGGGCACACUGAAGUUGUUUCUGCACUUUUAUAUGCUGGAGCAAAAGUCGAUUGCGCAGAUGCAGAUAGUCGAACAGCUUUAAGAGCAGCAUCCUGGGGGGGACAUGAAGAUAUUGUGCUGAAUUUGUUACAACAUGGAGCAGAGGUUAAUAAAGCUGACAACGAAGGUAGAACUGCUUUGAUUGCCGCAGCAUAUAUGGGUCACAGAGAAAUUGUAGAGCAUCUGUUAAAUCAUGGUGCAGAAGUUGACCAUGAAGAUGUGGAUGGGCGAACUGCUUUAUCAGUAGCUGCACUAUGUGUUCCAGCAAGCAAGGGACAUGCAUCAGUAGUGAGUCUUCUGAUUGAACGGGGAGCAGAAGUGGAUCAUUGCGAUAAAGAUCUAAUGACUCCAUUACUUGUGGCUGCUUAUGAAGGACAUGUAGAUGUUGUUGAUUUACUAUUAGAAGGUGGUGCAGAUGUUGAUCAUACUGAUAAAAAUGGCCGUACCCCCCUUCUUGCAGCAGCCUCAAUGGGGCAUGCAUCUGUAGUUAACACUUUACUUUUUUGGGGUGCAGCAGUAGAUAGCAUUGAUAGUGAAGGUAGAACUGUUCUUAGCAUAUCUUCUGCCCAAGGAAAUGUUGAAGUUGUGAGGACACUCCUAGACAGAGGUUUAGAUGAAAACCAUAGGGAUGGUGGUGGAUGGACUCCCCUACAUAUGGCUGCCUUUGAGGGUCAUAGAUUGAUAUGUGAAGCAUUAAUUGAACAAGGUGCUCGAACAAGUGAAAUAGAUAAUGAUGGUCGAAUUCCUUUAGUAUUGGCUGCGCAGGAGGGUCAUUAUGACUGUGUGCAGAUUCUUUUAGAAAAUAAAUCUCCAGUUGAUCAAAAGGGAUACGAUGGGCAAAAUGCUUUACGUGUUGCCUCACUAGAAGGACAUAGAGACAUAGUUGAAUUACUGCUUAGUCAUAGUGCAGAUAUAAAUGCCAAAGAUGCCGAUGGAAGGCCAACACUUUAUAUAUUAGCACUGGAAAAUCAAUUAACAAUGGCCGAAUAUUUUUUAGAGAAUGGCGCAAAUGUAGAAGCUAGUGAUGCUGAAGGAAGGACAGCUUUACAUGUUUCCUGCUGGCAGGGACAUUUAGAGAUGGUCCAGUGCCUCAUAUCCUACAGAGUGGAUGUCAAUGCUUCAGACAAUGAAAAACGUUCUGCCUUACAAUCUGCUGCUUGGCAAGGUCAUGUGAAAGUUGUUCAGCUAUUAAUUGAGAAUAGUGCUCUUGUUGAUCAUGCGUGUAACCAAGGAGCCACUGCACUUUGCAUUGCAGCGCAGGAAGGACAUACUGAAGUUGUACAGGUUUUGUUAGAACACGGUGCUGACCCUAAUCACGCAGAUCAGUUUGGAAGAACUGCAAUGCGUGUUGCAGCUAAAAAUGGACAUUCACAAAUAAUUAAAUCUCUUGAAAAGUAUGGCGCCUCAACUCAGAAUGGAUGCAACCCUUCGCCUGUUCACACAAUGGAGCAAAAAGCCUUAAAUCCUUCAUCUACAAAAGUACAGUCUUUAACAAUUAAAUCCAAUAGCUCAUCCAGCACUGGAGGGGGUGAUGUACAUCCUACAAUGCGGGGCUUAUGCAAUGGUCCUUCUCAUGCAUUUAGUUCUCCUUCAGAAUCUCCAGAUUCUACUGUGGACAGACACAAGUCAUCACUAUCAAAUAAUUCCCUCAAAAGUUCGAAAAACUCUUCUCUUCGUACAACCUCUUCUACAGCAACUGCUCAAACUGUGCCUAUUGAUAGUUUUCAUUGCCUUUCUUUUACAGAGCAGAUUCAACAACAUUCACUUCCACGAAGUAGAAGUAGACAGUCCAUAGUAUCCCCAUCUUCAACAACUCACUCUUUAGGGCAAAAUAAUUCUCCCACUAGUGAAUUUGAAUGGAGCCAAGUAAAGCCUAGCUUAAAGUCAACAAAAACAAAUAAAGGAGGCAAGGCAGAAACCUCAAAUAAAUCUAGUUCGGUAUCAAAGAAAAGCAAGCAAAGCAGCUGUUCCCAGUCUAAGGUAUUAGAAUAUGAAAUGACUCAGUUUGACAAAAGAGUGCAUAUUCCAAGCACAGUAACGGGUUUGACUGUACCACUAAAGCAAAUCCCAGAAGACACAUCAAAAAUUCAGAUUACCUCAGUGCAGCAGGAGGUUGGUCGUUCUCAACAACAAUUUCUUAUUCAACAGCAAAGUGCGGAACAAAAAAAAAGAAAUGGAAUCCUGACCAAUCCCAAUUAUCAUCUUCAAGGAAACCAGGUUUUCCUUGGUAGAGUUUCUGUGCCACGUUCAGUACAAGGUCGAGGACAUCAUGAAGUUUUGGAUGGAUACCCUUCAGCGGAAACUGAGUUAGGUCUUAAACAGUCACUGAAGCUUCAAAUUGAAGGAACAGACCCCAGCUUUAAUUACAAAAAGGAAACACCACUAUAAAUGGUUUAAAAAGCACAAGAUACUAGAGGAUAGAUGACACCGACGCUUACAAGGCUAUCGGUUUUGGCUUCCAAAACAUCUGAAGUGAAAUUGACUUGAAAAUUGCUUUAAUGUGCCUACCUGUAGGCAACCUAAUAUUAAAAUGUGCUUCAAGAUGUUUUGUGCACAGAAAUGCACUUUGUAACUGCACCUAGAAUCCCUUUUCCCAUUGAAAACAACUGCAGCUAGCAGCUUUUCUGAUGGAAACAUAAUGAAUAUGCAUGUACUGCCAUAAACUACAUAACUCCCAGCCUCCCCCACUUGUCUUGUUUCUCCUGUUUAGUAAGAAGACAUGCAGCUGAAAGAAGUCCAGUCCUGACAGCAUCUGAAAUGAUAACCUGUGCAAAGCAGGCCAGAGUUGUAAAUGAAAAAAUCCUAUUUUUCUGCAGUAUUUACCCACAGUAUGUAAUUAACAACCUGCGUCUUGCCUAGACAUGUCCUGCACAGUCAGAGUCAAGCAGUGCCCAUCCCCCCUUUUGCCGUGGAGUUGAAUGUAUUAAGCUCAACUUUCCUUAAAAACCAUAUUUAUCCACCACUGACUAUUUCAGUGUUAUGUAUUUUUCUGGUGUUAAUGUUCUUGAUGCUUAUUUAAAGAAACUUUGUAACCAGUUAUGUUGUCUUUGUCCAGUUAGAGGAAGGAGUACAUAUUUACCUGUUUAUAUCAACAGCGGACAGAUCAAAUGUAUGAGCUAAAUUGACUACCGUUCCCCGCAUAGCAACGAAUAUUUAUUUUCCAUUCAAGUGCUGAAGGGUGAUAUUGUAAUAGUGACGCCUCUGCUGAGGAAUUGCAACAUGUUAUCAAAGUUUAGAAUUUUCUUGUCCCUGUGGGACAUAUACUUUAAUAAUAAAACAAGUUCUUAAAUGGUAGCCUUAAGAAUGCUAAUGGCUAAAUGCAUCAUAAAAAGGGAGUACAGUGGGUCUUCCUGUACUGCUUAGUCACCGGUCUUUUAAGUAUUUCACUAAAUUAGACCCCAAUUUCUGACUCUUCAGUUGACUAUUUAUUUUUGCUAACAUUAUUGAAUUCCCAUGCAAUAAGCAAACAGGUAUACCAAUAACAGCUUAUUGUCCAACUUUUCCUUUAUAGGUUUUUUAUGUUUUUAUGUAGUAAUUUUUUAUUAGUGCAGUAUACAGUAGAGUCAACUGUAAUGAGCAGUGUACCAGUAAUAUAAACAGGUACUGACACUGCGGCUAUAUUGCUGAUCCUAGUCAUUUUUGCAGCUCUGUAGUAAGUCACCUGUUUUAUUAGAGCUGCUUUCCAUCAUUAUUUUAUUUCUAGCAAAUGUUCAAGAUACUAGUUUGGGGGUAAAAAAAAUCCCAGUUGGUCAUUUCCACCCCUAAGAACUUGUUUUAAUUGGUAAAACCACUAUUAUUUAAAGAUAUAUCAGCCAGGAGGAGUGAAUUGAGUAACGGCGGCUCUAAAACAUUUACCUUUUAAUCCAUUUUUUUUUAUCAGCCAAUGUGCUUUUAUUAUUUGUGGUUUGCUUUUUCAACUCGGCAGUAUUUCAUUUGUCUGUCUUUAAUGUUACUUUACAAAUCAUUUACUAUGCUAUGCAAAUGUAUUUGCUCCAUCCUUUACGGGAAAAAAAAUAAUUUUACAUUUUUUUUCUGUUUUUGAAUGUAAAUAUCCAGUGUAAAUUGAAUAAAACAUUGUAAAUUUCUUUUUAUUUUAUUCCUUGUAUGAUAUUCAGCAAAAGACUCCUAUGUAUAUGAAAGUGCAUAAUAAAUAUAUUUGCUUU